CGCAGAAGAAGAACUGAGCCCCUGGUGAAGAGCCGUUGUCCCCUUUGGUGGAAAACGACCGCGCUACAACUCGGGCUGCCACAGACGUUGACAGUUGGCGCAAUCCUGCGUAGUCGUCGACGCCGAAGUCUCACUGGUCGUGCGGCUCUGUGAGUCCAACAAAAUAUCCGCGAAUCAACUGCUCAUUCAUUGCUCGCGGCCAUGCAAGUGGAGAGGCAGCAUUUCCGCGACCAGUCCGACUGCCUGCUCUGCUGCAUCAACUUCUGCAUUGGGCUCAGCAACCUGGCCGACUUUGCCAACUACAUCUACGACAACGGAGGACUGGUGUUCCUGGCAGUGUACCUGAUACUGACCUGUACCGUUUGUGUGCCAAUGCUGUAUCUGGAGCUGUUCCUAGGUCAGUUCUCUGGAUGGUCUAUACCAAGGGCCUUCGAGGGAUUUCCCAUGGCAAGAGGCUUGGGCUGGACGAUGCUGAGCGGCGACCUGCUACAGGUAAUGUUCCACGUUCCCGCGAUAGCCUACUCGUGGAUAUAUUUGACAGCCUCGUUCUCGCCGGUGCUGCCCUGGAGCGUCUGUGAUGAGCACGACAUAGGACACAACGGCUGUUACCAGAACCAGCUCGGCAAACAUCUGUGUUCCAAGGUGGAUGACAGGCUGGCCAGGCGUUACUUGUUGGACAACAACACGAGUGACGGAGCCAUCGCAGUGCGCACAGCCACAAGCCGAGAGCUGGUGUACGUGCCUGCCUCCGAGUACGAAGCCAUGCACAACAGCUGCAUCGACGGGAACGUCUCAGCGGCAAGGGCCUUCUACGAGCACCGGGUGACACACAUUCAUAGCGCAACCGGCAGCACCAAUCAACUUGACUCCGGCGUCGCCUUGGCCUUGGUCAUAGUGUGGACGCUGAUAUUCAUCGCCAUCAUUCUUGGACCGCGCUCACUGAGGAAGGCUUCAUUCGUGAUGAUGGUGACUCGGCUCUCCAUGCUUGCCUUCCUCUGCAUUGCUUCCUGCACGCUGAGCGGCGCCAGGCAAGGCAUGCUUUCACUCCUGUGGCCGGACUUAUCGAAGGCUUACUCCACAAAAACGUGGAUAUCGGCAUCUCAGCACAUGUUCUACAGUGUCGGCCUGGCCCUGGGCGUGACCACCUUCCUCGCCAGUUACAACAAGUUUGAAUGGCCAGUCCUCGGAACUGCCGUGAAGAUAUGCAUGAUCGACAUGGUUUAUGGCAUCUUCGCGGCCUUCUUCGUGUUCGCCCAAUAUGGACACUUGGCCGAAGUGCUCGACGAAGACAUCACUUACGUCGCCGCUUCGGCCACAGAAGGACUGGAGUACGUGUUCGUGACGUUCCCCGAGACUAUAGAAACGCUACCAUACACGCGGUUUUGGGCACUGGCUUUCUACGUUCUGGUUGCUACGAGCGCUCUCGGACCAGAGCUCUGCGCGUUCGGCGCCGUCGUGGGAAGCCUGGCGGAUUUGCACCCGACACUGUUUGAGAGCACCCGGGUAUGGGCGUUCGUCAGCUGCACGGCGGCCUUCGCUCUCAGCCUGCCGCUUGCGUUACGGGGCAUUGGAAUAGAAAUUCGCCAAUUCGUAACAGCAAUCAUUUACGGCGACCUGCUUCCGUGGAUUGGUGUCGCAGAACUCAUCAUCGUCAUGUACGCCUACGGCAGCAACCGCCUGGUCAACGACAUUUACUUUAUGUUCAAUGAAGAUCCACCCAGUUUACUUCUCUUUUGCUGGCGCUUCGUAUGUCCCAUGUUUCUGCUGGUCAUAGGCUUGGCGUCUCUUCUGGAAAGAAUACAAAUGAGCCCCGAUAGUACGCUAUAUCCGGAUUGGGCGAUUAUGACCGAGAUGGGUGUUUUCGGCACCGUUGUGGUUCUCAUAGGAGCCUUUGUCCUUCUCACUUUGGCCGAAAAUCACUACGACGUAUACUUGGCCAUGGAGCCGCAGUCAGGCUUUGGUCCCAAGGAACCGGCUGUUUACGAGCGCUACCUAAGCUUCCUGGCCCAUCGCAACGCACUGCCGCAUAAAAAGUCGCGCCAACGUUCGGAACAGCCACAGACGGACACAGCCUUAACCAUGGCCUCAUUAGGACGGCAGGGCGAGCAGUACGGAGUUGACAUCGCUCCCUCACCUAGUCGUUGCGCUCCACUUGAAGUCGGAAUGCGUGGGAAAGAUGGCGUCACUGUGUGGCCCUCUACGCAUGCACUUGACCACCCAGCUACGCGUCCCAGUGCCACCGAAGACGACGAACAGCGUUCAGCCUUUCCAGUGGAAUUCGCCACGUCUACGGGAGCAGAUCCCAGCACGGCAGCAACGUUUCGUGACGAGAAAGACUCCGCAUCUUUCAGUAAUCAGGAGAAGCCCGUCAAACAACUAGACCGGUGGGAGGCUGCGAUCUCCAAGCCUGACCUGGUCGAACAGCGCGAACUCGUCGCCCGGGCCCGGAGGGCGAUCGAAGCCAGAGGGUUCCUGGAAUAAGGGACCCUCCCACCUCGAGUGACAAG